AUGCGGAUGUGUCGUGCUACCUCGGAACCAAUAUGUGAUAGUAAUUAUCUUGCUCAUGCAAUCUUCCACGUUCUUGACGCCAGACAACUACAAGGUGUUAGUCGGGAUGAUUGGGAAGUCUGGAAUUGCGAGUUUUUUAUAUGCAAGUCGGCUGUGCUCGACAAGUUGUGUUUCCUGGUGUCAUGUGUUAUGUUUGAUAUAUAA